AUGACUUCUCGGGAUCAGCUGGUGCAGCAGGUGCUUCGGGAUCUGCAGGAGGCAGUGGAGUCCGAGGGCCUGGAAGGUCUCAGCAGUGCCGCCCUGGAGGCCAAGCAGGUCCUGUCUUCCUUCACCCUCCCCAUCUGUCAGAAGGGUGGUCCUGGACCCCAGGUGCUGGAGGUGGACUCUGUGGCCCUGAGUCUAUACCCAGAGGAUGCUCCACAGAAUAUGCUGCCCCUGGUGUGCAAGGGCGAGGGUAGCCUGUUGUUUGAAGCAGCCAGCAUGUUGUUAUGGGGACACACUGGUCUCAGCCUGGAGCUGCGGGCCCGCACCGUGGUGGAGAUGCUGCUGCACAGGCACUAUUAUCUCCAGGGUAUGAUUGACUCCAAGGUGAUGCUCCAGGCUGUGCGCUACUCCCUGUGCUCUGAGGAGUCCCCCGAGAUGACCAACCUGUCUUCUGCCACACUGGAGGCCAUCUUUGACGCCGAUGUCAAGGCUACGUGCUUCCCUACCAGCUUCUCCAAUGUGUGGCACUUGUAUGCCCUUGCUUCCAUCCUUGAGCGCAAUAUCUACUCCAUCUACCCCAUGCGCAAUGUCAAGAUCCGACCCUAUUUUAACCGUGUUAUCCGGCCUCGCCGCUGCACCCACGUGACCUCCAUGUUGCACAUCAUGUGGGCUGGCCAGCCCCUCACUAGCCACCUCUUCCGUCACCAGUAUUUUGCCCCUGUGGUUGGGCUGGAAGAGAUGGAGGCUGAUGGUGCUGCUAUCCUGGACCCCUCUCCUCCAAUCCCGGGUCCUCUGCUGCCACCAGCCAAGACCCUGGAGCUGCUCAACCGUGAACCCGGCCUCAGCUACUCUCACCUCUGUGACCGCUCCAACAUCACCAAGAGCACCUUCUACCGCUGGCGGCGGCAGACCCAGGAGCACCGGCAGAAGGUAGCCACCCGCUUCUCGGCCAAGCACUUCCUACAGGACAGCUUCUACCGUGGGGGCCUUGUGCCAUUGCAACAGUUCCUACAGAGAUUCCCUGAGAUCUCCCGUUCUACCUACUAUGCCUGGAAGCAUGAGCUGCUAGGCUCUGGUGCCUAUCCAGCCUUGGUCCCUGCUACUCCACCCAGGGAGGCACUAGCUGUGCCAGAGCUGGAGAGCCUCCCAGGGAAAAAGGCUGCCGAGGGGCUGGGGUGCUCCCCAGCGGCAGUGGCGGUGUCUAGCCCUAGCAUUAUCUUAAUGCAGCGUGCCAAGUUGUACCUAGAACAUUGCAUCUCCCUGAACAAACUGGUACCCUAUCGCUGCUUCAAAAGCAGGUUCCCUGGCAUCUCGAGGUCCACCUACUACAAUUGGAGGCGGAAGGCCCUCAGGAGGAGCCCCAGUUUUAAGCUGGCCCCAGCCCUUGAAACCGCUGAGUCUCUGCCCCCAACAGACGUUGGGGACGCAGCCCUGCCCUCUUUGAAGGGUGAGGUGGGAGAAGAGGGGACAGGGAAAGCAGUAGGUGGAGACCCUCCUACUUCCCAGAGUCUCACACCCUCAAGGAUGCCCUUGUCUCGUUGGCAGAGGCGACUACGCAGGGCUGCCCGCAAGCAGGUGCUAAGUGGGCACCUGUCUUUCUGUCGCUUCCGCCUCCGCUAUCCUCGCCUGUUACCUUCCACUUUUUGGGUGUGGAAAAGUCUUUCCCGGGGAUGGCCCAGGCUGCAGGCCUCCUCUUUGGGCCAAAGGAGGCGGGAGCCAGCUGAACGGCAGGAGCCAGCUGAACGGCAGGAGCCAGCUGAACGGCAGGCGGCAGGAGCCAGCUGAACUGAACGGCAGGAGCCAGCUGAACGGCAGGAGCCAGCUGAAUGGCAGGAGAUGGAAGCUGGUGAGAAUAUAACCUCUGUGAUGGUUCCUCAGGUGGAGACACUGCCAGUGGUCGCUUCUUCAGAAAACCUCCCAGAAGACGCCCAGGGAGGGCCUUCUAGAGAGAGGGUCAUUCAGGAGACAGCUAUGGCCCAGGGCCAACCCCACAGUGGAUCCCUAUCAAGCCAGACUGUGGCUGCGGCAGCAGGUGGCGGGGAUGGCCAGGUGCUGGUGAUGGACAUGCUUAGCACCUCAAGGUUCAAGGCCCAAGCCAAGCUGUUCCUACAGAAGCGCUUCCAAUCCAAGACUUUCCCCUCCUACAAGGAGUUCCAGUCUCUCUUCCCGCUCACUGCGCGCUCCACCUACUACAUGUGGAAGAGGGCACUCUUUGAAGGCCUCACACUGGUUGAUGGCUGAUGGGGAGGUGAUGUAGAGCCCGAGAAGAGGAGGAGACCUGAAUUGUCUCCUGACUUGGCCAGGAUGCCCUUUACUCUGUCUUCCAUAAUUUCGCGGCUUGGGGUGGAGAGGUAGAAAUA